CCGCGCAGAAAGAGCUGCUUUUGCAAAUUCUCUGCCAGUGAAAAGGCACAUGGUGUAUUCUAGGAACCGAAAGAGGGCAGGGUCUCUGAAACCCAGAGAGAAAUGAGAGCUGGACAGGUAGGCGUGGACCAGGCCGCAUCACGAAGGGCAUGGUCGGUCUACAGGGUGUUGGGAUUUAAGAAUAACGGGAAACCAUUAAAAGUUUAUAGCGAGAGAUGACUAUAUUUAAAAGAUGCUGAGUUCAAGAAACCAGGCGAAGCUUAAGAGGUAUUUACAAAAUAGAAACUGACGUAAGGUAGAAGAACAUUUAAAGGAAUCAUCGCCUCCGUUUGUCGUUACUAAGAGGUCCUGAAAGAUGGUCCAGGAUGGUGUUUUUUGAAUGUGGUGGCCUGAGGGUCACAGGCACUUACUGGAGCAGUCUCAGGGGAAUUGUCGGGGUGGGAGCUACAAAGAAGUGGGUUAAGAAGUGGAUGGAAGGUGAGGACAUAGAGCAAUUUCUCUCUUAAGAAAUUUCGCUGUGAAUGGGGAGGAAAGAGAAUAGGCAGGUGGGGCCUUAGGGUUAUAGGAUGGUCGCCACCUUUGUUUUGUUUCGUUUAACUUGGAAGAGUCUAGAGAUUGUCAGGGUGUUGCUGGGAGGGAGCCGGGGCAGUGGAAGAGGCUGAAGAUGCAGGAGAGAGAGGGGUUACCUGAUGCAUUGUGGUUCCUCUGAGAACGUCGGGCAGGAGGACGUCGGGAUCCAGCAGCACACGCGUGCCACGUGGCCUCUGACGGGAGAAGGGUCACUGGUGUGAUAAAAGAGCAAGAGAGAAGGGGAUACAUGCAGGCAGGCUUGCUCGGUUUCGAGGGUAACGUAUUUCUUGUCUAGUGUGCGUGAGGUCAUAGCAAGUUAGUCCGCUGCACUGAGAAGGAAGAAUGAAAUUAGAAGUUUGUCGAGAGGAAUAAAAUGGAAGGAGACUCGAGCAGAUCAGAAAUCCACACUCCCGUUUUUGACAAGAAAAAGAAAAAGCAUUCUGUGUGUAAGGAAAGGCAUCGGAGGCAUUCCCAUGAAAAUUCCAGAGACUCCCCGCUGGCACGCGAACUCUCUCACAAACCGAAGAAGAAAAAAAAGAGAAAGGGUUUUCAGCAAAUGGUUUCUUCUCCUUUGAAAACAUCAGAAAUCUGUGAUGAGUCUGAAAAGGCCACUUGCACAGUCAAAAAGAGGAAAAAGAGAAGAAAUAGUGCCUUAGGGGGACCAGACGAGACAGGCGGCGUGUACGUCAUGACGGACAAAGAAAACAUCGAGAGCAGGCCGAAGACUUUUAGAAGGAAUGUCGACGUCGUUUAUGUCGACAUGAGCAAGGGACACAAGUCAACCCGAGAGCCCGAAGCAGAGGAAGCGCAUUCCGUCACUAAGCGACAUAAAAAAGAAUCAGAGGAACGGCAUAAUAAAAUUAGGGAGAAAAAGAAGAAGAAGCGUCGGCUGGAAGCUGCGUCCCACGAUGCAGAUGCUGGGUGGGAAGGCCCGCCCCAGCCCGAGUCUCAUGAGCCGGAGUCCCUGCUUCCUGUGGGCCUGGAAGGCGAAGUCACACCACCGCCAGGGUCUGCCCAUAAAAAGAAGUCUAAGAAAAGAAAGAGAAAAUUUUCAGACGCCCAGGAAAGUGAGACACUGACCGUGCCCGAGAGUCUCGAGAACGUGAACGCUGAAGGGUCACACGUGGUCCGUGAGGUGGGGACUGCAGAAGGCGGGAUGGGACCCAGCAGGAACAGGAAAAAGGCUAAGAAAAGAAGGCGGAGGUCUUCCGGCGGAAGUGCCCUGCCGUGUGCUGGCGACCCCCCAGGGCGCAGCGCCCGCUCCGAGGACCCGCUCUUUGAGUCCCUGGAAGGUAAUGGUUGCUUGAUUGAAGAAAGGGCGAGACCCAGGCCACACGAGGAGGAAACCCAGGCGCGGUCGCAAGAGGUGCAGAGGUUUGAACCUGCAGACGAAGAAGAAAGCAACGUGGAGUCGGCCAGAGAUUCUGAAGCAAAGCUUUCCUCGGAAGAUCCGAGAGAUUCGGACGGUUCGGACGUGGACCUGGAUUCCGCCGUGCGGCAGCUGCAGGAGUUCAUCCCCAGCAUCAGGGAGCGGGCCGCCACGACGAUCAAGCGCAUGUACCGGGAUGACCUGGGACGGUUCAAAGAGUUUAAAGCGCAGGGCGUCGCCAUCAAAUUUGGCAAGUUUUCCGUAAAGGAAAAUAAGCAGUUAGAGAAGAACGUGCAGGAAUUCCUCUCGCUGACGGGAAUUGAGACCGCAGACAAGCUGCUGCACACAGACAGGUACCCAGAGGAGAAGGCGGCGAUCACCGACCUGAAGCGGAGAUUUGCGUUUCGGCUGCACAUCGGUAAAGGCAUCGCCCGGCCCUGGAAACUCGUGUACUAUCGGGCGAAGAAGAUGUUCGACAUCAAUAAUUACAAAGGCAGGUAUAGCAAGGGAGACACCGAGAAGUUGAAGGUCUACCAUGCCCUCCAUGGCAACGACUGGAAAAAGAUUGGGGAGUUGGUGGCUCGAAGUAGCCUCUCCGUCGCCCUGAAGUUCUCCCAGAUUGGCAGUGAAAGAAAUCAUGGUGCCUGGAGUAAGGUGGAAACUCAGAAGCUCAUCAAGGCUGUCGAAGAAGUGAUUCUAAAGAAAAUGUCCCCCCAGGAUUUAAAAGAGGUGGAUUCUAGACUCCAAGAAAACCCCGAAGGCUGCCUGUCAAUCGUUCGGGAAAAACUAUACAAGGGCAUAUCUUGGGUAGAAGUAGAAGCUAAAGUGGAAACGAGAAAUUGGAUGCAGUGUAAAAGUAAGUGGACGGAAAUUCUAACCAAGAGGAUGACAAAGGGUCGGGACAUCUACCGAGGCCUCAACGCCCUGCGGGCCAAGAUCAACUUGAUUGAAAGAUUGUAUGAAAUCAAUGUGGAAGAUGCUAACGAAAUAGACUGGGAAGACCUUGCCAGUACCAUAGGUGAUGUUCCUCCAUCUUACGUUCAAACAAAAUUUUAUAAGCUGAAAGCUACCUGUGUUCCGUUUUGGCAGAAGAGGACUUUUCCAGAGAUUAUAGACUACCUUUACGAGACGAGUCUACCUUUGCUCAAGGAAAAGCUGGAGAAGAAGAUGGAGAAGACGAACACAGAGCUCCAGACUCCUGCAGCGCCCAAGCGCGUCUUCCUGUUCCGAGACAUCUUUUACUGUGACGACGACAGCGAGGGAGAAGACGCAGGCGAGAAAAGUUGACUGGACGGCCCCGUUUCUCGUCCGUUUUCUAGGUUCGGUCGUGUUCGCGUGCACGUGUCAGUAAAGCCCUUGUCUGUGUUGACGUUUGUUAAGAAGAUGCAGUGGCUUAAGGAAGGGUACGAGAACGGCACCUCGUGUGGUGGAGUAUUAAAAACGGACUGACGUCCACAGUCAAGUUCGUUCGAACGUGAAGAGGAGCAUAUGAGUCGAUUGAAUACUUCUGUACCGUUACACUGAAAACGGAACUAAAGGUUUUUACGGCAGCAGCAUCCCAAGCGCCCCUAACGCAGCGGAGGCCAGAGUCACGUCCUGCGCACGUUUCGUUAUGUGGGUUCAACUACACGUGCGCGCAGCAGCAGAACGUUGACAAGUUCAAACACACAGGCCGCUAUGCUCUCUGCCUUUCCUGCCGUGCGCGUGCGCGUUCGCACCAUGUGUGUUAGGGGAGCGUCGGAAGGAGGUUGCGACCCUGCCCUUCCCCUACACUGGUUUCGGUUCCCCUGUGCGUGUCACGUCUCGUCUUCCGAAGCGCCAUUCUAGCAUUCAAAGACGUGUGUUUUUCGUGCAAGAUGCCCUCUCAGAGCCAGUCACUGACUUCAUCUGCUGUUCAGCUGAGAAAAAAGGAAAAACAAAACAUCUACACUCUCUUGCAUCGCUCCCAGAAGAACUGGCUCUGUCAGACUUACUGAGAGACGCGCCAUGGAUCUCAGGCGCAGCUCAUGCCUUACGGAAUUGCAAGGCUGAUUUUCACGGCGGGCUGUGCCAUCAGUCAGGAGAGCAAAAGCGCUCCAAACACAGAAGGAUUUAGCGUAAGGCUUUAGGGUACAAAAUCGUUACACAGGAUGAAGGGGCGAACGGGAAGGGUUGAAUCACCCAGCCACGGGGCGCCGAGGGGAAGCGCUGCAGCCCUCUACCCCCCACACACCUCCUCACACCCCCCAGCCCCGGCCCACACCAACCCGCCUCCUGUGCUGCCUCCCCAAACUCUGGGCUGUCGGCCACUGCCUCCCUUGCAAGAGCCUGUGCAGCUGUGUCCCUUCUCUUCUCUGCGACCCCAGCAAGAACCCACGUGUCCUUGAAAUACAGUGGCUUCUGUCCCCCGUCUCCCUUCUAGUUUCUCACAAGUGCCUCCCCUUAGCAGGACUCAACUGGCAAGGAAAUCAAGGUUCCAGGUGUCUAGGUAUAGGGGACAGACAGCACAGGAAGGAAAGCGUGGGCAGACAGGAAACCAUAGCCAGCGAUGUCACCAGCUGUGCCAAGAUGCAACUCCGCUGUCCCCUGAGCUUUCUCUCUGAUGUCAUUUGUGUUGCAUCAUGAUACGUGCAAUUGGUUAAUCCAUCUACAGAGCCAGACGCUGUCCCAAACCUGCCACGAUUGGAGAAGGAAGACGAGGAGUCCUUGGUCGCCACGUAUCCCCAGCACCCAAAACAGUGUCAUGCAAAUUAUAGACACUCAGUAAAUGCUUAGUGAGCAAAAGCAUGUUCCGUUUUUAGCAAGCAUUUUGCCUUCAGUCACCUCCUGUCUGUCAAACAUACAAGUCUCUGUGCCGAUGGGAACACAGAUCGUACGCUGCUCCGGGAGGACAAUCUGGUAAAGUAUGUCUGAGCCUUAAGAAUGUACAUACUCCACGCUCCAGUAAUUUCACUUGUAGGAUUUAAGGAAAUAAUAGAACUAGUGUAUAAAAUGGCACAUUCAUAACAUGAAAACUAGAAAAAGCUGUAAAUGAUCCUUAAUAGGAAAUUCAUUAAAUAACAAUAUAUUCCCGAAAUGGAAUAACACGCAAUAAUUAAAAAUGAUGAUAGGUUUGGUUAACUCAAGAAGAGGUGAACAAUAUUAUCAACUGGAACAUUUCAGAAGAGUAUAUCUAUUUUCUCAAUUUUGUAACAGUCAAAAAAAAAAAAAGGAAAUUGUGUUCAUACAGAUGCAUUAAAAUGUGUGGAAGGAAUUAAA